CCCCAUCCACGCCAUGCAGAGUCCAACACACCCUCAACUAUACAUCAGAAACGAACAUGACGCACAUGUCGUCAUGGAGGCAGUCCGUUCAGGGUGCGUCCCCACCCCCACCACCCGUAGCCGCAUCCUCACCCUUUCCCUCCCAGUCGUCUCCCAAUGGUCACCCAUCGUCUCAGCACCCACGAACGUCUCCGGUUCCUUCAACCUGGUGCCGUCUUCGUAUGGGAGGAGGCUGAGGCAGGAACCCGAGGUGUAGGAGGGAAGGGAAUGGAAAGAUGGACGGACGGCCUCAAGUGGAGUCCGAGCAGGAGCAACGACCCGUUCUUGCUCUAUGAGGAAAAGGCGGAGCAGCUUACCGUUGAAGAGAUGCGCGAAAGAGGACUCGACGAUCCUGCUGCAGCGACGUUCCCCUACCGUCGCUCGAACCGCCCAGACAAACCAGAUGGACUUACAAAGAAGACGUACAGCGCAUAUGUGCACGACCCGGCUGCAGAGCCCGGUACUCGGCCGGCAAAAUGGCACGUCACGUCCUACUUUAGGCGGCCGUUCCACAAACAGCUCCCUACGACAGAUCAUUUCCCGCUGUUUAGGACUAUCGAAGUUCCCUCAGGCAUCUUCAGCGCGGCGAAGACCCUGAGGAGGCGCAGGCGCAGUAUUGGAAGUAUGGAGCCGGAAGAUAUGGAUGAGGCAGGGUCAGAAGUGACCACAAGCCCCGUAGUGACCAGCCCAUCAACCUACCGAGGCAGCAGCAUCGAACCCCCUUGGGCGAGUUCCCCAGUCACCUCUCGCCAGUCACCCUUUGCAUCGCCUAUCUAUCAGGCACCUUAC